AUUACCAGAGAGACGGGAGGAUGUUUGGAUUAUGAUGCACAUCUUUUCCCGAAGCAGAAUCUAACGGCAAAAAAGCGAGUGUGGAUUUAUGAGUGGCUUUUUGUUUUUAAUUCUACAGGUCUUGUAUUAAUGAAUAUUUAAUGGCUUGGAAAUGGAGAUAGCUUUGGUGAGUUUUGAUAAGCGAGGAGAUGGAGGCAGUGAUGGAGAAACCUACCAGAACCAAAACUCACUGGAUCAUCCACGCUUGGUCCACAACAAAGAAAUAUACUCCAGAAGUCCACAACAGAGCUCAUGGAAAAUGAACGACAUGAACAACACAAUGAUGGGCUCCACUGAGAAUACGGUGGAGUAUUACAGUCCCCAUUUGUUUGAUGAGGACAUUCUGGAUAUGGAUAUGGACCAUGAGAACAACGAACGAGUUCUUAUUAAUAUCGCCGGGCUGAGGUUCGAGACCCAGUUGGGCACUCUGAACCAGUUUCCCGACACUUUACUGGGAGAUCCUGACAAGAGAAUAAAGUAUUUCGACCCCCUUAGGAACGAGUAUUUCUUUGAUCGUAACAGACCGAGUUUUGACGGAAUUCUUUAUUUCUAUCAGUCCGGCGGAAAAAUCCGACGACCCGUUAACGUGUCGAUCGACGUGUUUGCCGACGAAAUCCGCUUUUAUCAGCUAGGAGAAGAAGCGAUGGACCGUUUCCGCGAGGACGAGGGCUUUAUCAAAGAAGAGGAGAAACCGUUGCCACAGAAUGAAUUUCAGAAGCAGGUUUGGCUCAUUUUUGAGUACCCUGAAAGCUCCAGUCCUGCGCGAGGCAUCGCUAUCGUCUCCGUGCUCGUCAUCACCAUUUCCAUCAUAACUUUCUGUCUGGAAACUUUACCCGAGUUUCGCGACGAGCGAGAGCUUCCAGUGACCAGUCGCGCGAUCAAUGGAACUCAAGAGCGCCCGUCGCUCACCUUCACCGACCCGUUCUUCAUCAUUGAAACCACCUGCGUGAUUUGGUUCACAUUUGAGCUCUUCGUGCGCUUCUUUGCUUGUCCCAGUAAGUCAGAAUUCUCCAAAACCAUCAUGAACAUCAUUGACAUCAUGUCCAUCAUGCCUUACUUCAUCACACUGGGCACAGAGCUGGCAGAACAGCAGGGCCAGGAACACAAUAAUGGCCAGCAGGCCAUGUCUCUGGCCAUACUAAGGGUCAUUCGCUUGGUUCGGGUGUUUCGCAUAUUUAAGCUCUCUAGGCACUCCAAGGGGCUUCAGAUCUUGGGUCAGACUCUGAAAGCCAGCAUGCGAGAGCUGGGCCUCUUGAUCUUCUUUCUUUUCAUUGGUGUCAUAUUGUUCUCCAGUGCUGUCUUCUUUGCUGAGGCAGACGAACCUGAGUCUCACUUCUCCAGCAUCCCAGAUGCCUUCUGGUGGGCGGUGGUGACCAUGACAACAGUUGGGUAUGGUGACAUGAGACCGGUGACGGUGGGGGGCAAAAUCGUGGGCUCUCUCUGUGCCAUUGCUGGGGUGUUGACCAUUGCACUACCGGUGCCAGUCAUCGUGUCUAACUUCAACUAUUUCUACCACAGAGAAACUGACCAAGACCAGGCAUCUCUCAGAGACGAGCCAAAUAUUGGUAGCCCUUCAAACCCAUCUGAUGAAAUACAUGGGCUGAGGAAAUCAUCAACCUCCAACUCCAGAGAUACAGAACACAAUGAAGAAACAACACCUGUUGAAAAGACUAACAUGAAAGCUAAUAGCAGAUUGGAUAUUAAGCGUUCCCUAUAUACAUUUUGUCUGGACGCUAGAGAAACGGACCUCUAGUUCAUCCGUCACCACCCCAUUGCACUACCGGUGCUCGUCAUUGUUUCCAAUUUCAGCUAUUUUAAUCUCAGGGAUACUGACCAGGAGCAGUGUUGUUGUGUCAUGUGUUGAAGAAAUCUUCAAAUUCAACAGAUUAAGAAUACAGAGAGGAAUCAAACAUGUUUGAGAAGACUAACGUGAUAAAUCGAAUAUUAAAUGCUCCUGAGAAAGACAAACCACUAGUCCAUCCAUGCUUAAUGCACCCAAAAUCUGUGCAAUCCAAGGAUCAUUGCACCGCUAAAAUCCUGGAAAGUUGCAGUUAUUUUUUUCAAAGUACAUUUUAAUCUGUUGAUCUCUUGGAAAGCACCAACAGCUUUUAAGAGUUUCUUUUAGGAUUUCUUAUUCAGAGCAGAAAAUAAAAUAAUAAUGAAUUAAAUUAGUAAAAUAUUAAGAACUUGCUUUGAUGGGAUGCUUUGAAAUUCAAAAAUCACAGGCCUUAAUUUAUUGUAUAUAGUUGUUCCCCAAUGUCUCCAAAUUAUGUGAAAAGCCAAAAUAGCGUUUCUUCUUUUAAAGCAUAUUAUUUAGAAAUGUACAUAAUUUUCUGUAAAAUAAUUGUUUGGACUUUAGGGUCUUGAUCAAUACCACUUUUAUUGUUAGUCUAAAACACAGUUUUUGUGAAGUUUGUGGCUAUCAGUAUCUUAAUUUAUUUAUAGCAAUAUUUUUUCACUCAAUUUUAAAACUAUUUGGUGUAUGAAAUCUAAGAAGCACUCCAAGGAAACGGACCACUUUAAUGUGUUUUGCCGCUGAACUCACAAAGAUGAAGCCUUGUCAAUUUUAUCCCUGAAGUUUGAUGUAUUCAAGCAGAAAUGGCCGUGUACAGGAGAGAGAAACCCCUACAAAUGACUGAAGCAUGAUAAUCCACUGACACCAGAGGAGAACUUGAAGAAAAUCCAGUGAUCCGAUUUCAUAUAAGAUCCCAGAAGAGGAGUCAUAAUCAUGACAAACGGAUUCUUCACUCUCUAAACACCUCCGCAGAAAACCUGUGCCUUUGAUCAAACCCUGUGAAUCAGUCGUUUUCUGGACAUUUAUGGGACCAACAUAUGAUGACUUGUACUCCACUUCUGACAGACACCUUUAUGGACUGAACAGGUGUCAUGUAAAGCCAUGGAUUCCAACAAAUCUGUGUAGAACAUAAAUCAUGUUAGAGGAAAUCCCAUGUGCAAUAUUUUAGAUUAGUAGAUUUUGGAUGACUAUGUUUAUUUGGUUUAUUUUUUUAAAGCUUUUUCCUGAUGUAUAUUUUUCUAAAACAAUAUUAUUCUCCAACGGAGGAGACACUUCUGAAUAUCACCUAUAGAUAAAACAGAGUCAGGCAAAGAAAACGCCUCCUUUCUUAAACAGGGGAAAAGCCAUAGUACCUCUCAUCAACAAUAGUGAUCAUGUUAAGAUUGGCAUUUGCUGAAUUGUGUGUCAUCCUUACAUGAUGUGUAUGUGUGCCCUAUAAUUUGAUUUGCUGUAUAUUUGAGUGAUUCAAUCAUGAUCUAAAACAAUGAUUCACAUAGUUUAAACAAUUUGAUGACUAAGAGAAAUUUAAAAUUUGGAUCUUAAAAAAAAAACAUGAUUUUGAUAUGAUUAUCCAAUGCUGUCUCACGACCAAUUCCUGCAAAUUUGUACGAUUUGUCUAAACACCAGUGAUGGGUAGGUUUAGGGGUGAGGUCAGGGGUAGGUCAUUUGUGCGAAUUCAUAUGAAUUAGCCUCCUUAAAUAUGAAUGAAUUGCCUUGAGAUCGGGUUGCAUUAUCAUGUUUUCAAAUCGACAGCUUGUAUGAGUUUCUUAAUGUGUGCUUUUCGUGUUUAGGUCUCAAAACGCACAUGUGAUGAAAUAUCUGCAUUAUUUUAUAUUCAUCGGAGUCUAAAUUAAGAAAUAAUAACAUAGUAUUUUAUAUUGUACACUACACUAGUAAAUCAAAAUAUUUCACUUUGCUGUGGUUCACAAAUAUUGAGUCUAAUACACACAGUAUAUUCUGCAAAUAUGCAACCUUUUCUCCCAAAACCAUGUGUGCUUCACAUCAUUACCUUUAGUGACAAACAUUUUGAUGACAAAUUGACGAUUUUCAUUACUCAUGAUAUAUAUAUAUAUAUUCAUUACUCUUGCCUAAUGCUGAAGUUACAGCAAAAAAAAAAAACUACUGUCAACUGUUACUCAGAAUAUUAAGUAUAGAUCACUAUUUAUUUUAUUGUCAUUCAUUCAGUGUUGCUGCACAAAAUAUAUUAAGAUAGAAUUAAAAUAAUGUUCAGAUUGUCAAUUGUCAUGUCAACUGUUACCUUUAUUUAUUUAUUUUACACAUUGUCAGUGACUUAAAUUGACUUGAAAAUGCUGCUUCUGAUAUGCUAUAAAGUGCAUUUUAUACCCCCGCAGGUAGGACUUCUGCAUACCACACUCAAAAGUAUGAAUCUGAUCUCUGUACUGUAGAUUUAUAUGUAUAGAAGAACAUUACUUUACCUAUACCCAUGAAAAUAUCAGUUCUUUAACAUCUGUGUCACCUGACCCUGUAGAUGCAUUCCUUGAUAUAGGCUAACAGUAAGUAUACUGCUGAUAUAUAUGCACAUUUAUAUCUGUGUAAAAAAGGAUACUGAAGCUUUGAAAUACUUUGUGGAUAAUUUCCAAAUGCUUGAUUUGAAGUGUAAAGAACAUGAUUGAUUGAUUGUUUAUUUAUUUAUUUAUGACAGGUGCCCUGGUUUGAGAGAAAAAACAUUUUUGGGGGGCAGUACAUUUUCUUAAUUCACCUGUUAUUGGCAGAAAGGUAAUUUAUACUCUGGCUACAGUAGUGGAAAUAUUUAUUGUUGGAUGAAAUGGCACAAAAGUUCUCAGAAUACAUGUACGGGUCAUGCAAUUGCACUGGGAUUUUAUGGAGAUGCUGGAGAAAAAUGAUCUGAUUUACAGUAUCUGAAUAGAUGUAGUGUUUUACAAAAUCAUACAAUCAUGUCUAUAUAAACAGUGCUUUAUUUCCUUGUUACUUCACUCACGUCUUUGUCAAGUGUUGCUUAUUCUGUUCUGUCAUGAGAGGGAAAUAUCUCAAUAAAAUGUUAAAUUUGUCAUUGUC